AUGUCUGUUAUACGAGAAACUGUUUGUGGCAUCAACACUCAGCUUGAUCGCCUUCAACAACAAAUUGCAAGCCCACAAAGUCUGGACCCCACAGAUUUAUCCACCGAAUCUCUUGAGUCAAUUGGCCAAUUGCAAGAUCUCAUCAGCUCCAUUUCGGUGACUUCCAAGACCCAAUCCCUCCUACCUCCCAGUCGGUUGGCAGACUUACUUUCGGGUACUUUGUCUCGCCUCCAAAUACAAACGACUCUACAUGAAGGAAAUAGUACUCAACUAUCGGACCAUGUAUGGAUAGUGGCUGCAAAGGCGGCCAUUCAGGCAUCAGGACUGGUCAUGAACACCCUCCUCGAUCAAACACUUCAACUUCAUGAUGAGACUUAUUACUGGGGUGAGAUGUUGGGAUCUGUCUGGUAUAGCGGUCUGUAUGCCGUCCAGAAAUCUCCAGCGCAAUUCUGCCGGUGGACGAAGGAUGUAUCCCUCGCUCAAACUUAUCAAGGAGUCCCAUCCAUCACUGCCAGGUGGAGCCGAUUUUACCAGAUUGUCCGCCAAAGUGCUUGGAAACUUGGAGGACACUCCAUACGUGCCAAUUUGUUAUACCCAAUUAGAUCAUCCCGGGUAGAAAUGCGACAAAAACGAGACUUGCUCUUGGAAAUGAAAGACCUCCAUACCAGUGGUCUUGGUCUUCUGAUGGAGGGAUGGCAUCUUUUUGAAUCGAAUGACUUCGCGAGUUUAAGUCCCGGAACUAUCAAUGCCCAAUGGUGCGAUGCUGUUUACAGAGCAGUGGUUUUGAUUGAAGCCAUCUUUCAGCAGAUAGCACUUGAGCCUAGCACUCACGAAUUGGAACGAGGAGUGUUUGCCACUUUGGAGAGGGAUGUUGACAACAUUGAAACGUACACACAAGGGAAGGAUCCCAUGCAUAAACCUUUGGACUUGAUCGAGCGACUUGUGCAUGUUCUUCGAGAGAAGUUGCCAAACCAUACCACUUCAAUGUCAUUAUUUAUUCGUCGCCAUGGGCGUCCUUCAUGCAUAAUCCGCUACUGGUUACCAGUCUCAGCCGCUCUCCUAUCAGGAAGUGCAUCAAUGAGGUUUUUGGCCAACCGACAAGAGGAAAUCAUCCAGUCAAUUGUCAAUAUCGGUUCCACCACUAUCGAUUUCUGGGGUAAUUGGGUUGUACACCCAAUCCGAAACCUCAUCGGGACGAUCAGACACGAUGAAAAAAGCGAGAUUGCAAUCAUGAGCAAGAAUAGCUUGCUCGCUGAUCGGGCAAGUCUAGAGAGAAUGGUAGUGGACUUUGUCCGCGACCGUCCGGACCUUAAUCAGGGUGUGGUGACGGACACCACCGCCAUCGUUAAUUCUGUUAAGGAGGGUGAUUUGACUCCCGUUCUAAAAGCAUAUGAAAGGGAUUUGAGGUCACCAUUCGUUGGAACCGUUAGAGGCGAUCUUAUUCGUGCUCUUCUAAUCCAGAUCCAGAAGACAAAGGUCGAUGUGGAAAUUGCCAUCAGUGGGAUCGAUGCAUUGCUGAAAAGCCAGGAGCUUGUAUUUGGAUUUGUGGGGUUGACUCCUGGCAUCUUGGUUUCCUUUGCAACUAUGAGAUGGCUAGGCGGUGUUCUCGGCAGCCGACGAGGAUUGCGAAAGGGCAAGCAGCGACAUAAACUGAGACGUGGAUUGCGGAAUGUGGCCCGCAUUUUGACUUCUUCUACGGUUUUAUCCAAUGGGACUGUUGCCUACAAGGACUAUGGGCAAUUGAUUUGUGAGGCAGAGGAUCUCCUUCAGCACGUGAAGAUUAUUUCUGGAAGCAUGCAGUACCAAGAGUUCCGAGAGGAUAUCCAAGAUCUUUUGAAUGUUCAGAAUGGAGUGGACAAGCAACUUCGCGUGAUUGAAAGGAUGAGAUGGGCGUAUUUCCAGUGA